UCUGUUUCUGUGGCAGACAGUACGCCCCAGUUUCCAUCCUCUCCUCAGUUUCUUCCCAGCCAGCCACUAGCAAGCAGCGUCACAAGCAGCAGAUGAAACAGGAAGUCUGACAGCUUGAGUCUGCAGUGGGACCCCUAGUGUUUUCCCACUCCAGGUCCUGGCAUCGUUCCCCAGAAGUACAAACACACACACACAGAGCUCCCAUUGUUGCAGCCUUCCCCAGCCCACUGAUCCUAAUAUGGAAUGCAGCAGGAAACCCAUGAUUUCCUGACACUCGGCUAGCUGGAGGAAGCAAGGGGGGGGGAAACUCCAUUAAACAGCCCAGCUUUCCUCCAUGUUAGCUGGGAAUUGGAAAACGGGGACGAUUUAGCAAAAUUCCGCCGUGUCUUGUGCCAAGCUGGAGAGCCGGGAGAGCAGAGCGAGACCCUCAGGCUGCUGAAAUCUCUAGAUAGCCAGGAAGUCCCUAGGAUUCUGUGAAAAUGAGGCUUUCUUAACUCAAAGCGAGAGGGGAAAGAGUCAGACCCUUUUCAUCAUCCCCCAGAGUGUGUGUUAGCUUUCUUGACCAGUAUGGUGAGCAACAGGGUAUGCCCCAGCCUCGGAAAUGUCCGUCUGAUGCGAGGUGCCUAAAGCAAGGCAGAGUGAACUGAAGCCUGGCACUCCUUCCCGCCGCUUCAUGUGCUUUGGGAGAAGCAGGAGAGGCAGCACGACGAGAAGAAGAUGUUGAAGUGUGUGGUGGUUGGGGACGGCGCCGUGGGGAAAACCUGCUUGCUGAUGAGCUACGCCAACGACGCCUUCCCCGAGGAGUACGUGCCCACUGUGUUUGACCACUAUGCAGUUACUGUGACAGUGGGAGGCAAGCAACACUUGCUCGGACUGUAUGACACUGCGGGACAGGAGGACUACAACCAGCUGAGGCCGCUCUCCUACCCCAACACGGACGUGUUUUUGAUCUGCUUCUCUGUGGUCAACCCUGCGUCUUACCACAAUGUCCAGGAGGAGUGGGUCCCCGAGCUGAAGGACUGCAUGCCUCAUGUGCCUUAUGUCCUCAUAGGGACCCAGAUUGAUCUCCGUGAUGACCCCAAAACCCUGGCCCGUUUGCUGUAUAUGAAAGAGAAACCUCUCACUUAUGAGCAUGGUGUGAAACUUGCAAAAGCGAUCGGAGCUCAGUGCUACCUGGAGUGCUCGGCCCUGACUCAGAAAGGCCUCAAAGCAGUUUUCGAUGAAGCGAUCCUCACCAUUUUCCACCCCAAGAAAAAGAAGCAGUGCUGCUCUGAGGGUCACAGCUGCUGUUCGAUUAUCUGAGGUUGCUGGAGACCUGCCUGCACCCCAUGGAAGGGAGAGAACAGCAGUCCAGCUCUCUCACCAAGCUCCUGCCAAACAGGAGGGCAUGACCAGCAAGGACUUUUCUUCCCACUGAGGCUCGUCCCAUCCACCCUGGGAGCUCGGCCACGCACCGCUGCCACACCCUCCCUGCCAGCCAGAAGCAUCCCACUGCACA